UAGGUAUCAGGAAAAUUGGGAUAAAAUGUCGGAAAAUGUAAUGCCGGAAUCUGCUACAUUCUCAUCCAACAUGGGUGAGAAUAGAAAUGUACCACCGUCUAAUCUGGUACCAAGAACACCUCCUGUAGGUUUUCAGCAGCCUCAACGUCCCCAAUUUGAUAAUCAACCGCCUCGAUCUCCUCAGCCUCGAUUUCCUCCAAAUUCUUCCCCUCGCUUUGCCGCGAGGGCUCCAGAGUUUCAGCAGAGGCCACCGUUCCCUCCUCCUCAACAACAACAGCAACAAUUAAACCAAGAUCCAAGAAUAAGAUUCCCUACUCAAAGCCCAAUUCUUCAACGUCCUCCAGCUUUUGGACCUAGUGGAGGAAGACCACCAGGACCUAUCGGACAAAGACCUGGAUCUGCCACUAUAAGACCACUUCUGCCACAAGAUCCCAGUUAUAAACCCCAAAAUGCCGAUCCCAAAGGGAAUUUAAAUGGCGAUAUUCCUAAGCCACCGAAUUUAAAUACAGUUACUAACAAUCCCAGAGAAAGUGUUGACAAAAUGGAAGAAAAACUCAACAGACGUAACGAAGAACUCAAAAAUCAAACACCUGUCAAACAAGACGAUGGAAUAUUCAUUCAAAAUUCAGAAAAAGAGCUGGCCACAAACGUAAACAAAAUUCGUGAGGGAAUAGCUGAGAGAUCAUAUCAAAGACAGCAGUCUUUGAAUCCAACACCAGAAAAUCGUAAGGCAGAUGAAUCCCGCAAGGAGCUCCAUAAGUCAAUGUCACUAGUUCAAGAACCAGACGAUGCCUUGUCGAACCAAAAUCAAAAGUCGAAUAACCAUUCUUCAAGAAAUUCAACUAGAACUGAAAUCAAAGAUCAUUUCAGUCCAAGUAAACAACAGGAAGAUAGAAAGAAUGACAGUGAUUCUCUCCAAUCCAAAAACGACUCACAAAAAUUAUCCGAGGUACUUAUAAAGGAACCAAAACAACCCGAAGAUCCUUCCACUGAAGUCCCAAAAACCAUGCCAUUAAAAGAAGAACACAAAAAAAGUAUGGAUGAUUUAAAAUCCUCGCAACAACCAGAUAAAUCUAAAAUCAUACAUCAAACUUCAGUUGAAGUUAAGGAUAAAACAAGACCUCAAAGUGGCGCAGUUAUUGAAUCGCUGAAGAAAAAUGAAAACAUAAGUGACACCGAAGAAUUUUUCAAACGAAAAGACGAACAUAAACCAGCAAGCAGAGAAGAUAACGAAACUUACAGACGAAAAGAUGAUCAUUUCAGACCUCCAAGUCGAGGAGACACUACUGAUUCAUCCAAAAGAAAAGAUGACCUUUUAAUUAAACAAAAGGACGAUCCCAAAGGUACUCAUAACAAGUUAACAUCAGAACUUUCAAAACAAAAAGAAGAUUCCCGUCCAUCCAGCAGGAGUUCAGAGGAGCCACCUAAAAAAGGGAACGUUACACGACCCUCAAGCAGACCAUCCAGCCGUUUAUCAACUGCGGCAGAAGAAAAGGGAAAACUUCCAACAGGAAAAGGUUCAGAAGGAUUUUCUCCAGAAAAAAAGACAAAAAUAGAAAUAACCGUUCCAUCACCUGAAAGAAACCAAACCAAACAUAAACCAACUAUUGAAAAAUAUGAAAAGCACGUAGCGCAAAGGCCAACUUCUUUACGUAGAUCUGAUAGUUAUAAAAAUUCCAUGGGUUCUACCAAUUUAUUAAAACCAGAUGGAGACAAUGACAGUGGGGUGGACGAAUCAACCCAAGGAAACGACACAAGGAAUACUGAUAAUCAUCACAAGUCAAAUAAGAAGUCAUCCAAAAUUCCUAGUCCAAAGGCAUCUUCAACCCCAACAAAAGAAAAGAGUAUCGUUAAAGGAAGCAAAUCACCCAGUUUAAAAAGUCCCGGGGAUGUUUCGGGAGCAACAACUCCAGGAGGUUCGGAAAAAAAGAAGGUACCAAUGAACAAAGUCCAGGUGGGAUCAGCCCCUUCGCCUAAUUUAAAGGAAGUAAAAUCAAAAAUAGGUUCAUUAAGUAACGCCAGCUAUAAACCAGGUGGCGGGCAAGUGAAAAUAGAAAACAGAAAGUUGAAUUUUGAAGCAAAACCAAAGAUAGCUGCAAAAAAUGAAGCGUAUGUUCCACAUGGCGGCGAAAAGAAGAUUAUUAGUCAAAAAUUACAGUGGAACGCUAAGUCGAAAAUAGGUUCUCUAGAAAAUGCGACUCACAAACCAAAAGGCGGUGACAAAAAAAUCGAGUCUGUGAAAUUAGAUUUUAAGGAAAAGGCAAAGCCAAAAGUUGGUUCAAAGGACAAUAUGAAAUACGUACCAGGAGGGGGAGACAUCAAGAAGAAAGAAGACGUAAACAUUGAAAAUAAGAAGCUUGAUAUAAAGGCACAAAGUAAAGUUGGUUCACUUGACAAUGUAAAACACAGACCUGGUGGCGGAGAGAAAAAGAUUUUUGACGAUAAAGACUACAUUAGGCAAAUGUCUGGGAAUUCCCUAACAACUUCUUUAACCAAUUCACAGACUUCCUCUCAAGCUGAUGUUCGAGAACCAACUUCCGAUGAAAAUUUAAAUAAACAUCACUGAACAUUUUAGUUUGUAGUUUGAAAAAAAAACACGUUUGUCAUAAUAUAUAUUGAAUAUAUAUAGAUAUAUAUAUAUAUA